UUUUCUAUUAGUCAAUAAAUUACUUGGACACCGACUGUUCAUUAACUUCGGGAAACGUUUAUAGUUUGUUUAUUGCCUUAAAAUUGAGGAACACAAAAACUUUAACAAUGUGCGGUACGACUAUGCAAUUGUGUUAGUGUAUAAUAUGCAAUCUCGAUGUGUCACUAGCUGUAACUAUGGCCAACAAUAAACCUCAAUAGGUUUUCAAACAACAACAAAGUGCUUAUUGGAUAGCAGAAUCAACAGGAAAUUAAACAAACACGUCAGCUUAAAGACUAUAAACAUGAACAUUGACCAGGAGAUGGACUUUUACUCCAGAUCCUCCUUGGAGCUGAUGAAGGAGGAGGAGGAUGCGCUCAACAUCAUCAAAGAGAUGAUACCCUCGGAUAUGCUGAACAACUUCUUCACCGAAAUGGACUUGGAUCCAUCGCAACUGGCUGAUGACAUUAAUCUCGAAAUGAAUUCAACUCCACCAUUGCUGGAAUGUGCCAUGGAUAUGCAGCCACAGCCACAGUCUCCCCCCCAGCCGCAGUUGUCACCAACUCUGCCAGUGCAACAACAACAACAACAACAGCAACAGCAGCAGCAACAACUACAACAACAGCCGGAGCAACAGCAUCAUCAUGUCAAGAGCGAGCAUUCCUCACCGCUGCACAUCAAGGAGGAGCAGCUGCUGCAUCUGAAUGGUCUCUAUCAUGGCAGCUUGAUAGCCGCCAAUCCCAGCUACAGUCCGCAAUCGUUGCCGCAGCUAAUGAAGCCUCAACCCACAAUGACCAUACAUCAUAUGGACAUGAAUCAAGCGCAGCAGCAGCAGCAACAACAACAACAACAGCAGCAGCAACCGACAACUGCAAUUCUGUUCACAACGCCGGCAAAAAACGGAUUUCUUUAUCAGUUUCCAACGGAAGCUUCACCAUCGCCUCCACCAACAGCUGUAGUAGCUCCAGCAGCGGCAACAGCAGCAAAAAAGCAACAUUACACCAACGGCAGCAAGAAGAUGCCACCCGCAAAUGUGCAGAGCUUUAUAUUGCAAGUGCCCAACAAUGAUUACACCAUACCGACCAUGAAUGUGCUGCCGGAUACGGUUAAUCCGCCAGUUGUCAGUCCAAAGACAUCACGCAAGACAACAACUGUGGAACUAGCACCAACUCCUACUCCAACCCCAGCAAUCGCUCCAUCAACGCAACAACAAGGCAAUCCCAAGGUGGCCAUUCAACGUGUCCAGCCAAAGGUGAAGGAGGUGAAGCGUUCGGCGCACAAUGCGAUUGAACGACGCUAUCGCACCUCCAUAAAUGACAAGAUUACGGAGCUCAAGAAUCUCGUCGUUGGCGAUGCCGCCAAGCUGAACAAAUCGGCGGUGCUCCGUAAAUCCAUUGACAAGAUACGCGAUCUGCAGCGUCAGAAUUAUGAGUUGAAAUCGGAGCUGCAGCGUUUGCAGCGUGAACUGAUGGCGCGCGAUGGCUCCAAGGUCAAGGAUCUGCUCCAGCUGGGCAGUAGCACCAUUGUUAGCUCCUCCACCUCCUCCUCGAAGAAACGCCGCCAGCAAUCGUUGGCCUGCGAUACGGAUGCUGGUUUAACUCCGCCACGUAGCGAUGUCUCCGAUCCCUCGUUGUCGCCCAUUCAUUCGGACAUUUCGUUGCCGCCGUCGCCAUAUGGUGGCUCCAAUGCCAGCUGCAACAGUGGCAGCAGCAAGGAUGACAUACUUGUGGUGCCCAGUUCCAUGCGUGGCAUGGCCACCCACUCCCGUCUGGCUCUCUGCAUGUUCAUGUUCGCCGUGCUCGCUGUUAAUCCCUUCAAGACGCUCCUCCAACGUACUCGCUUCUCUGCCGAUGCCAAUGAUUUCGAUGAUGAUCUCGGCGGACAUCAGCAGCGCAGCAUUUUGAACUAUGAUACGGAUGAUGAUACGGACUAUAUAAGCUGGCAUCACAGCUCAUGGCUGUGGCUAUUGAAUCUAAUGCUAAUGCUGGGCUGUCUGGUCAAGCUUUUGGUUUACGGAGAUCCCCAGUUGGACACCCAGACGGAUGCCUACUAUCAACACAAGCAACGGGCCGAGACGCACUUCGCCAAGGGUCAAGCGACUCAGGCUUAUGCCGCCUAUUUGAAUUGUCUACACAUGUUUGGGAUCAGCUUGCCCGGAACACGACUGGAGUGUUAUUUACAGACGAGCUGGCAAUUUCUACGCUUUCUGUUCCAUCGCCUUUGGCUGGGCCGUGUGCUGUCCCGUCGCGCUGGAGGAUUGUUCUGCAGCGCCUCCAGACGGAAGAGUGCCUUGGCCUCGGCCAGGGAGUUGGCGUUGCUCUUCAAUCGAUUGAAUCAACUGCAUUUGACUGGAAAUCGUAGCUCUGAUCGGAAUGGCAUCAUGCUGGCUCUCUAUGCCAGCAACAUGGCCGAGGUGGCACACAGUUUGCUCACUCCUCGCGAGAUCAUUUGCAUCCAUGUGAUGGCAGCACUAAGGAUGAAACGUAGUACACCCAAAUUGCUGCAGCAGCUCUGUGCCCGCUACUACAUGAGUCGAGCUAGCUUGGAAUGCCGUCGCACGCGUGCCACGGAACAGACGCAGGAACUGCGCUGGGCAUUCACCAGCUAUGGCUAUGGAUAUUGUGGUGCCCACGUCUUUGACUAUGAAGUGAACGCUGGCGAGCAGGAUGGAUUCUUUACGCGCUUGGUCAAUCCCUGUGAUCCGGCUGCACAUGCCAUCAAGCAAUAUCGGGAGCAUCUGUUGCACAAGGCGUUGCAGUGUCUGGUAGGCGCCGGUUCACACAGAUCUAACAAAUCCGCACCCAACAACAACAACCACGGCAACAACUCGGGCAGCGAGACGGAACAUAGCGGCACCAUUGUCAGCAAUGUAUUAAAGUAUACGUCACUGUUGAGAGAUACUCUGUGGGCGGAUGAGGAUGAUCGCGAUACGAAUGUGGUGUGGUGGGCCAAUGUUCUUGAAAUAGCCGUACACUGGCUGCUGGGCGAGGACACGUUGGCGGAGCAACUAUACGAUAGCAUCAAGCAGCUGCCGGCUCAACUUCAAGUCAGCAACGAUAAUGAACAUCUGCCCAAGGCACUGCAUGCGGUGCUGCGCGCCAAGAUGAUCUUGCUCAUGAACAAUGGCAAUACUUUGGACAAACGCUUGAAGCAUUUGAUCAACAAUUUGUGCGAUGAAUCCAGCGCUCAAUUGCAGGAGUGCCUCACAGUUAAUCGCAUAACCAAUGCCAAGGGCAUUAAAUUGCUUUUCCAGUUGUUGACCUGCGAUUGGUUGCUGGAGACACGCACGGCUUUGUGGGAACUGGAGCAUAUGAGUAUCGAGGAUGAUGGCUACUAUCAGGUGCCUGGCGAUGUGCUCGAAAAGUUCCAAACCGAUUUGAAUUCACUUCGCAGCAUUGUCGAGAACAUACCGAAUGCCCAGUCGCGAAUUUAUUUAUAUGAGGCAGUCUGUCGUCUUAUGGCUGGCGCCUCACCGUGUCCCACUCAGCAGCUGCUGGACAGAAGCCUGCGUUCCCGCAAUGCUCACUCCUCCAUCUUUUGCGGCAGCAAGGAUCGCAGGCAUCAGAACUUUGAGGGCGGCGAAAGGGAGCGGGCUGCCGCCAUGUAUGUGGCCUGCAAAUAUUUACCGCCAGCGCUUUUGAGCUCACCCGGCGAACGGGCUGGCCUGCUGGCCGAGGCGGCCAAAACGCUGGAGAAAGUGGGCGAUAAGCGUAAGCUAAAGGAAUGCUAUCAAUUGAUGAAAUCCUUGGGCAGCGGCGGUGCAACUGUCAAAGCUUGAGCAACAACGCUUACAAUUUAAGUUCAAAAUAUAUAAAUUUAGUUUUUAAGUCAGUUUCCCGGCAAAAGUCAGCGUCAGUUGGCAAUCAAACUUCACUUUAAAAAAAAAAAAACGGAAAUUCCGUUUACAAUUGUACACAAAAUAGUUCGAAGUUUGUUAUAUUGAACUGCAACUGUAUCUCUCAACUAACUCUUUUGUAAUACGCAAUGAAGGAACUUGGUAUCCAGACCUCCCCUUCACUCGCUUUAUGCCGGUUUAAUUUCUGUUUAGUUUGUAAUUUAUUGUAAUCUACAAUUUAAUACAUAUGGAAAUUUGUUUAAAGAAAAACGUUUAAUUUGCGCUAAUGGUUACCACAUAUAUUUAUUUUAAUAAAUAUUUCAACAGUUCAAUGCAAUUUGAUUUCUGUGCAUGCA